GCCAAUAAGCAUCCAUAAAGCCAUACCCAUAGUUUUUCGUUUUACCUUCCUUCCUUUUUCCAUUUCUCAAAACCAAAACCCAAAACCAAAGAAUGACCGAAAAUAAUCCCAACAGAGCAGAAGCAGAACGCCUACUGGGAAUCGCCGAGAAACUUCUCCAGUCUCGAGAUUUUAACGGCACAAGGGACUUCGCAGUUCUAGCCCAAGAAACCGAACCAUUACUCGACGGUUCAGAUCAGAUCUUAGCAGUAGCAGAUGUGCUAUUAACAUCCGAUAAACGCAUCAACAAUCACCACGAUUGGUACUCCAUCUUGCAAAUUGAUCGCCGUUCCGACGAUCCAGAUCUCAUCAAGAAACAAUACCGCCGUCUCGCGUUACUUUUACACCCAGAUAAGAACAAAUACCCUUUUUCAGAUCAAGCUUUUAAGCUCGUAGCCGAUGCAUGGGCUGUUUUAUCAGAUUCCUCUAAGAAAUCCCUAUACGACAACGAAUUGGGUCUGUUUUCGAGGGUAGACUUGUCCAAUUCGGCCAAAUUACCCGUCCGCCGAAGCCAGCGUCCGCCGGCGUCGGCUGUGAAGAAUCACGCGGAGGAACGUGUUAACCCUAUUAGUUCUAGUGUACCGCAAGAUCGUAGCCAGACGAUGAAAUUAUCUUCGUUUUGGACUGCUUGUCCUUACUGUUUUAUAUUGUAUGAGUAUCCUCGUGUUUAUCAGGAUUGUUGUUUGAGAUGUCAAAAUUGUGAGAGAGCGUUUCACGCUGCUCUGAUACCGUCUCUGCCGCCGUUGGUACAGGGUAAAGACGCGUAUUAUUGCUGUUGGGGUUUUUUUCCUUUAGGGUUUACUUUCGACGGAGAGAAAAACACUGCUCGCUCAGGGUCGGGUCAGGUUGGCGGGUUUCCUAAUUGGAUGCCACCAAUAUUCGGCCCGGGACAGGAAAUGGGCGGAAAAAACAAUGCUCCUACUCCUACUCCUCCGCCAGCUCCGCUGUUUGCUUCUCCAAUGCAGGGAGCUGGCGAUCAAAGAAAUGGCAAUGUGAAUACCAGUUUCUCUGCUCCGGCUGCAGCAGUAGCAUUACCGGCUAGGCCGGCGGUUGGGCGAGGCGGGGGAGUGGUUGGUAGUGCAGGUGGGAGUGGAACUGGGUUUGCUCCAAAGAAAAGAGGAAGGCCUAGAAAAUAUCCAUUACCAGGUCAAGGUGUUUGAUAAAAAGUGUAAGUACUACACUUUGGAAAGUUGAUAGGUAAUGUUGUUGUUAACUACUUGUAGUUGUUUUUCUUUAUUUAUUGCUGUUGUUUGUAGAGUUUUUUUUUUAUUAGAUUUCUUGAUUUGCUUUGUAACUGACUUGUUAAUUAAGGUUAUGGAAAUGUAGCAAUGUCAUUUUAGCAAAUUUUCAGUAUCAAUUGAAGCAUUGUGUUUUGUAGAA